GUGUACAGAGUUACUCCCCCUGAAUCUAUUCAUGGCAACAUCAAAACAAUUCAUUUUUUGAAUCAUGAAAAUGCUUAUAAUAUGUCUUUAGAUUGAAAACAAACAGAUAUCAUCCAAAUCUUUUAAGUUAUGGAGAAAAUAAAAAGAAGAGUUACCAACAUGAAAGAUAAGAUGAGUCCAAAACAUAAAAGGACAAAAGACGGGUUUAUGAAACCAAAAGCAAAACAGCCUAUUAAAAAUGUGGAAGGAAAAGCUAUUACUCGUUUUGACAGAGUUUAUAGAAAACUUGGAAACUUAUUAAUUCCAGAAUCAAAAAGGAUUGAUAUUGUAUUGAUUCAUCCAGAUUCAAAAGCUGAUGAUGGUUCCUUAAGUUCAAAGGAAAAGAGAAAAAUACAAGUUAGAGAAAAGCUAAGAGAAAUUUUUGAAAAUACAUUGAGAGAUGAAGGAUUUAUCGUUGAAGAAUCUGUUCUUAAGGAUAAAGUUUAUAAGAAAAUCCAUUGUCCUUUUAAAAGACUGUGUAUUGAAGCCGAAACAACAAAUUUAGAAAUGCCAUUACUAGGGCUUGUAAAUCCAGAGGAUAAACCAACAAACUCUUGUGCCAAAUUUGUUUACGACAAGUUCGUAACAGACAAAGAUACCGUGGACUAUAUAUCGGCCAGAUUUAUGGUAGAGAGAAUACAUCUAUUUGACAACCACCAUGAUCCAUCUAACUUCUUCAGACCAGCUGUCAGGACAUUACUGGUUGAUCACAUCUUAAUCAAUAUGAAUAUCAGAGAGGACGUCCAGAAAGAUGACAUAAUGUUAUUGGAUGAUGAUGUUGAUGAGGAGGAUGAUUGGAAGACAAGGACAAAAAAGAAAACAGAUACAAUAACAUUAGCAAUAGACAAAGAGCUACAGAAAUUAAAUUUCCCAUACAUGAAGAAAAUAGGUGUGUACACAGACAAAUUGAUUUUACAUGAGGCUUCAGAAGCCAGUAAGAUUUAUGAAGAACAGCGUGAUGGUGCUACACAUGAUGACCCAGAAGAAGCUCAGGAAGAAAAAGCGCCACUACCUCCAGCCAUGGAUCUUGAUGAAGAUCCAAGAAAAAUUCUAAAUGAUGAAUGGACAAAACUUUUCAAAUUUCAGCCCUUGACAAAAAUUCGAAAUUAUUUUGGAGAAAAAAUAGCUUUUUAUUUUGCCUGGUCUGGCUUGUUGACGACCUCAUUAUGGGUGCCUAUGCUUUUAGGUCUGGCCAUCUUUAUAUAUGGGAUAGUCAACAGUGCAAGUAGUUCAACAGAUAGUGGUUCAACCAGUAAUAAUGAAUCAACGGUAACAGAGAUAUUGACAGUAAUUAAAGAAGCCUGUGACAAUGAGGCCACACCAUACUAUGCCAUGAUAAUCUGUGUCUGGGGUACAUUAUUUUUGGAAUUGUGGAAGAGGAAAACUUCUACCCUAGCCUAUGAAUGGGAUGUUGAUGAAUUCGAAGCCACAGAACCAGACAGACCAGAAUUUUAUGGAACAAAAGCUAGAGAAGAUCCAGUGACAGGAGAGGAAGACUGGUACUAUCCAAUGAGAGAACAGCUAAAAAAGUUCCUGUUGUCUGGAUUGACAUUAAUCUUCAUGUUAUGUGUGGUUUUGGCGAGUGUGCUUGGUGUCAUUGUUUACAGAGUGUUCGCUAGUGUUGACUACUGUCCGAACAUAUCCCCCCAAGCCUGUGUGAUGGUUACGACAGUUGUUUCAUCUUUACUGAAUACAAUAUCAAUUUUGAUAUUAAGCAAGCUGUAUGACUGGCUGGCAAGAAAGCUAACAGACUGGGAAAAUCACAGAACACAGACAUCUUAUGAUGAUGCUUUGAUUGUGAAGCUGUUUGCCUUCCAGUUUGCUAACAACUACGCUUCAUGUUUCUACAUAGCCUUUGUUAGAGGGAGAUUUGGUGAGGAUGGUAUUUUUGGUUUAGGACCAAAAUACAAUGAUAAGUGUGAACCUAAUGGAAACUGUAUGUCAGAACUCUCCUUCCAGAUUCUUAUUCUUAUCAUUUGUAAACCAUUGCCCAAAUUCUUCACUGAUGUUGUUUUGCCAUGGCUUCAGCGUUUAUGGAGAAAACGUCCUCAAUGUUGCUGUAAAAGAAAAGUAGAAGGAGUACAAGAAAAGUUGACAUUUGUCCAGAAAGAGGCUCUCAAACCUUCACUGGGUGAUUUUACUAUGGGAGAGUACACAGAGAAAAUCAUACAAUAUGGAUUCCUUAUGUUGUUUGCAGCCUCACUGCCAAUAGCACCACUGAUUGCACUUUUCACAAAUCUUAUUGACAUCAGAGUAGAUGCCAAGAGGAUGCUUUGGUGGUACAGAAGACCAUUGGCUAAGAUAGCACAAGACAUAGGUACAUGGUAUAUUAUUCUUCAGUUUGUAAACGUUUGUGGAGUAAUUUCUAAUGGUUUCCUGAUUGCUUUUACCUCUUCAUGGGGACAACAAUAUGAUGUUUACACAAGACUAUGGAUAGUUGUAGGAUUUGAGCAUAUAGUGUUUGCCUUGAAAUUCAUACUUGCCUACCUCAUACCAGAUGUGCCUGCUGUUGUCCAACUAGCAUCAAGAAAGAAUAUGCAUCAUAUGUCCAUUGUAAUGAGAAAAGACAGAGAAAAAUUAGAGGAAGAGUUAACUGAGUUGAUAAACAAUCCACCUCAACCAGAGAGUCCAUAUAAGGAACUACCAAAUGUUUACAGGGAGAAGGAGAAUGAUGAUGAAUGGCAACCGGUUGAUGAAGAACAACAUCAAAGAUCAUCACCAAAACAGAAGAGAAGACAUAGGGUGGAUGAAGAAAAUGCCUAUGAGGAAAUAGAUAAUAAUGACAUAAGGAAGUUAAAGAAGAAGAAAAAGAAAAAGAAGCAUCAUCAGCAAGAAGAUAGAGAGGAUGAAGAUAUUGAACCUCCACCUUACAGUGAAGAGCCAUCCUACCGUUCAGACCCUCAAUACUACACAUCAAGAGAUCAAGAGAGUUCAAGAAAAGAAUUUGAUGUAUAAAAAGACCAAUAUAUUUUAAAGUGAAAGGACCUCAGGGCCAAGUCUUUACAGAGCUUCCUGUAUCAGAGAGAACAAGACAUUCUUCCAAACAUUCUGCUAUUUCUUCUUCACAUAUCACCGUCAAAGGACCGAGAGGAGAAUUCAUUAAAGAGCUUCCUAUGUCUACUGAUAGAAGAUAUAGAUUAAAACAUUCAGAUGAUUCUAUGGCUUAAGUUGUACCAAUGUCAACAAUUGUUUUCUAUAUGGGUGCUAAUUUAAAUGCAUUUUAUACAAUAUUAAUAUUGUAAAUUAAAAAAAUAAAUAAAAUCUAAGCCAGUGUUACAGAAAACAUGUUUUUCAUACCUGGGGAACAGUGAAUUUUUUUUCCUUAAAUUUUGAGAAAUUUAUUGUUUAUAAAUUAUAUCACCAAAAAGAUGAAUUUUUCAUGUUAUUAAUUCUACUGUUACAUUUUACAAGUUCCUCUGAAAUGAUCGAUUAAUUGAUUCUACAUGAUACUACGAAACAAUAUAAAAAACUUGAGGCUGUUUUAUUUUAAUUUUAAUGGAGAUGAUGGCCAUAGUGUAUUAUCAAUAUAGAACUGUUUUAAAUUUCUCUUAUGUGGAAAGUUACUUUCAUGAUAUAUUUUAUAACUUGUUGUUAAUUACAUGUAGAGUACUCAAGAUAAAUUGUUUAGUUUUAGUGAUAUAUUUGUAGGCAGCAGAUAAAAUUCAGAUAAAUUUCAAGAGAAACAUUUUAUAGGUGUAAUUGCUUAUAAAUAUUUUAUUUUAAAAAAUUAUUUAGUAUUUAUAUCUAUACUAAAAUUGUUCAUGUUUAUUCUAUAUAUUUUUAAAAGGCUCAGCAGGGUUUGAAUUUGUAUUUCCUUAUUAUUUCCUACAACAGAUGCAAUCAAAAUUUAAAUCAUACAGACCACAUCUUUUUUAAUUUCUUUAUAACAAAUUAAGAUUGAAAUGAAAAUAAAGCUUUUUUUAUUUUAUUUUUUCGUUAUAAUUUUUGUGUGAUGAAAUCUCAGGGGUAUGUGAUGUUAUUGAACAAAGACAAGUAACAUUUCUGACAAGAUGUUUAAUGGCUUGGUGCUGCUUGCUAUUGCUAUUUUUUCAAAGAAUUCUUCCCAUUAGUGUUGUUAAUUGUGAGGUUUAACUUUUCUUGGGAAAGAGUUAUUGUAAUAUAUUCUAUAAACAAUUUUCAUUGAUGUCAUGCUCAUAUCAUUUUGUUUUUUAUCAUUGGUAGAUCCAGGGGGUAUGUUCUGGGGUUGGAAGUUCUUGAAACACCCCUUUUUUGGAGGAUGGGGAUAUAUCAUUUGACCCCCUCCUUUUAAUCCUGAGUUAGGAACCCCCCCUUUUGAAAAAUGGCUGGAUCUGCCCCUGUUUCAUGCAGAAUCAUCCUCACCAAAGAUAUUUCUAUAAACUUAUAACAAGUAAACAUGAUAAUUGACCUUUAAACUUUUAAGUGUGAAUUAAAUAUUUUUCAAAUUGUUUAUGCUUUUAUUCAUAAUAGAGAUUUGAACAAUGACAUUAUUGUUUUAGUGCUAUAUGUCAAUUUAAAUUAUAAAAAACUUCCUUAUCUUUUAUUUGUGAUACCAUUUGUUGAAAUUUUAUAUUUAUAGCAAUUAAUGCCUGAUACUUCCCCCUGCUUAUAUUAGACGUCUAUUUAAAAAAAAAAAAAUAUAUAUAUCCCUGUAUGAGUAAUUUUUGUAUAUUUGUAUAUUUUGUAUAUGUUUUUUGGUGAAAUAAAUUGUAUUUUAGAUAGUUCUAGUCUCCUUAAUAAGAGUUAGCUUUUGCUUGAUCAAUUUCACAUGAAUGAACUUUGACACUAUUAUGAAAACCAUGCAUUUUUAGGUUAAAUUUAUCAAAUAAUAAUAUAUAUAAUCAUAUUCCAGUUAUUUAUUAUUUGCAAAUUGUCAUUUAAAUUUAUUGUGAGGGUAUGUGAGGGUUAUAUUAAAAUUAAUUUAUAUUUAUACUUAGUCUGGAACUUUAUAUUUUAUGUAUCUUAAGUUCAAUCAGUGACUGUAAUGGUGUGACCAUUAUAAUAAAAUUUUCUUUUUUUUUACCAAGAAACUGUUGGAUUUCUGUCUCAGUAACUCAGUACAUGUAUACAAUAUUUUUUUAGCAUAUUUUAUAAAGAUUUUUUAUUGGUGGUUCAAAGAACAAAAAUGGGCGGGAUGGGGAAGGCACAGAGUUUAUUCAGUACAAACCUACAAUACCUAAAAACUGAAAUGCUACUCGUCUGAUUGCAAAAUUAUACUAAAAAAACAACUGUGGAUAUAGUUUUAAUAAGAGAAAAGGACAUGACAAAGUAAUUUACAUUUGGUGUAAAAUAUUGAUAAAUAAUAAUUAGAAAAUAGUAUAUAAUGAAUAUGCAAUUAUUAUCCUUGUAACAAAUUUCAAGAGAGAAUGAAUCAGUAUGUCUGUCCAUAAAAUAUACAAGUCUAAUUUUUCAUUAAAUUUUUGAAAAGUUUUCAAUGAAACUUGGUACAGAGAUAUAUGUGUACUCUUUUUAAGUUUGGUACAAGUGUAUAGGAAAAUGUGUAUGAAAUAUAUUUCUGUCAGAUAUUUUGGAGUGACAGUUUAAAAAAGGAUAUUAUGUCACAGUGGUGAUCUUACAUAAUAUGUUUUUGUGAUCUUACAUCUGUGAACUAGAAUUUACAGUUUACUACUUAGGAGAUAACUGUAUUGUAUUUUAAGCUCCGACGGCAUCAAUUGGGGAUU